ACGCUGUUAAUCCAUCAGAGGUCGCAGUACAAAUGAGUGGCGUCUGCUGUUCCUCACCUCACUUCAGCAGAGCUGCAAUCUCUCACAGAACGUUGCAUUGAGUAUUUGAAGCAAUGGCGGUUGUUAGUGGAACAUUUCGAAUGGUGUCCGAGGAGGAGCAGGCCCUUCGGGCGAAGCUGGAGCACCUCACGGUCAAAGACCAUGGGCCCGUGUUUGAAGCCUCUACAAAAGUACCAGACCACACCAUGCAGAAGGCUAAAGAUGAGCUGAAUGAGACGGAUGAGAAGCGAACGUCAGCUGUGAAGGAGCUCAGAGGAAUAAUCAAGGAGAAGGCAGAGACUGGAGAUGAGCUUGCUAAAGGUGUUCAGGAUACUUUUGGGGAAAAACCCGAUGGCGUGCUUGUGAGGUUCAUCCGUGCCAGGAAAUAUGAUGUAAACCGGGCCUAUGAACUCAUGAAGGGUUAUGUGCGCUUCAGACGGGAUUAUCCUGAACUUUUUGAAAACUUGACUCCGGAGGCUGUGCGCAGCACCAUUGAGGCCGGAUACCCAGGAAUCCUAUCCAGCAGAGACAAAUAUGGCCGCGUGGUGCUACUCUUUAACAUCGAGAACUGGGACUAUGAGGAGAUCACUUUUGAUGAGAUCCUUAGAGCUUACUGUGUGAUCCUGGAGAAGCUUCUGGAAAAUGAGGAGACUCAGAUCAACGGCUUUUGCAUCAUCGAGAACUUUAAGGGUUUCACAAUGCAGCAAGCCUCCGGCAUCAAGCCCACAGAGCUAAAGAAAAUGGUGGACAUGUUGCAGGACUCUUUCCCUGCCCGUUUCAAAGCAGUGCACUUUAUCCACCAGCCCUGGUACUUCACCACCACAUACAAUGUGGUCAAACCCCUGAUGAAGAGCAAACUGCUGGAAAGGGUGUUUGUCCACGGUGAUGACCUGGAAAACUACUUCAAGGAGUUUGAUGCUGAAAUCCUGCCAUCAGACUUUGAUGGUAAAGGCUCCAAAUAUGACGGCAAGAUCACAGCAGCACAUCUGUUUGACUAGGCCAUUUUCAGCCUGUCACUGUACAAGAACACGACUGUCGUUUUAGUUGCAUUGUAUCACAUGGCAUUCCAAUGUGUUUAUUUUCCUGAGGGUGAACCCAGAAGUAUAGAGAUUUUCCCAAGCGAAACUGGAUAAGUCUCCAGACGCCAUCAAAGAGGGAUGAAAACAGAUACGAUCAGUUAGUUCUCUAUGAGGGCCGUGUAUUUAGAUUUUCCCUGAAAUAUAGAUAUUCUUCAGCAACAGAUGGCAGAUGACAAAGUCCAGGCAUUCCUGUUCUUUGUCUUUUUAACUGAGAACGGAAAAGCACUCAGCCUGGUCUAAGUGUUACAAGCAAACUAUAUAUGAUGUUCAGAAUGUGUAGAAUGUUUCUGUUUCUCUAAAUAAAGUGCACAUUUCAAAUGACA